GCAGCUUCAUGGAGGAUGCCACGGAGGAUCAGUUUCUAACCUACAGAUACGACGACCAGGCGUCCAGGACGACCCGCUCAGAUGAGGACAAGGACAUCGGCUGGGACGCCUGGGGAACCUGGAGUGACUGCUCUCGGACCUGCGGGGGAGGAGCUUCCUACUCUCUACGACGCUGCCUCAACGGAGGAAACUGUGAUGGCAAAAACAUCCGCUACAGGACCUGCAGCAACAUGGACUGCCCAGCGGAGUCAGGUGACUUCCGGGCUCAGCAGUGUUCAGCCCACAAUGACAUCAAGUACCAAGGUGUCACCCAUGAGUGGGUCCCAGCACCUUACGACCCCUCAGCCCCCUGUGCGCUGAGAUGUCAGGCGAAAGGAAGGAGCCUCACUAUUGAACUGGCCCCCAAAGUGCUGGAUGGAACACGCUGCCGUGCAGACGCCUUCGACAUGUGUAUCAGUGGAGUGUGUCAGGAGGUGGGUUGCGAUCGCCAGCUGACCAGCGGUGCCAGGGAGGAUAACUGUGGCGUCUGUGGUGGUGACGGCUCCACGUGCCGGCUGGUGCGAGGACAGGCUCUGCCUCACCUUACAGCGGAGGAAUCUGUCAAAACAGUGCUGGAGGUGCCAGUGGGAAGCCGCUUUGUCAGAGUCAAUGCCAAAGGACCUGAUAUGAUAGUCAUUGAGGCCGUCUCUCUUCAGGGGAGGAGGGAGGAGACCAGUCUAGUGUCUACAGGCUCCUACGUGAUAGGAAACACUUCCCUGGACUUCCAGAGAGGAAUGGACAGGCAGACACUCAGGACACAUGGCCCACUCAACGCUGAUUACAUUAUCAAGAUGAAGUAUGGAGGACCCAAGGACACAGUAGUCCAGUUUCUCUUCUACCAGCCAAUUAGGUACCAGUGGAGAGAAACAGACUUCUUCCCCUGCUCUGUCACCUGUGGAGGAGGCUAUCAGCUGAACUCUGCAGAGUGCACAGACAUCCGAUCCAACCAGACCCUGCCUGAACACCACUGUAACAGCUAUCCUGAAAACACCAAACCCACACCAAAACUCAAGGAGUGCAACAUGGACCCCUGCCCAGAGAGUGAUGGAUUCAAAGAAGUGAUGCCAUAUGAUCACUUUCAACCUCUGCCUCGCUGGGAGCAGGGCCCCUGGACCCAGUGCUCCGUGUCUUGUGGUGAAGAUGGUGGCUGGCAAGACCGCAGCGUGGUGUGUGUGGAGGAGGACACCCACGGACAGUUCUCCCAGGUAGACGAGUGGAAGUGCACCCAUUCCCCUCGACCUGUUACCCGACAGAUUUGCAACACUUUCGCCUGCCCCCAGUGGGUGGCCAUGGAGUGGUCUCAGUGCACGGUGACGUGUGGUCGCGGCCUGCGUUACCGAGUGGUUCUGUGCAUCGACCAUCGUGGGCAGCACAUUGGAGGCUGUGACGCAUCCCUCAAACCGCAUGUUAAAGAGGACUGUCUGGUCCCUAUUGCCUGCCACAAGCCCAGAGAAUCUGUGCCAGUAGAGGCCAAGGUGCCCUGGUUAAAACAAGCCCACGAGCUGGAGGAACACCACACUGCUACAGAGGACCCUACGUGA